AUAAAAAUCAGAAGACGAAUGCUUCCAGCUGUGGAGUCAUCACUGGUUUUCUAAGUUAACUUAACAGUUUUCUGCAAAAAUGAUCAACCAGAUUAGUUUUGGCAUUGCAGUGGUCCUUCUUGGAUAUGUGGGAGCCUCCACAUAUGAAGGUGUUCCAGGUUGCUGGACUAACUGGUAUAAUCGAGACACCCCUAAAGGAGCUGGUGACUUUGAGACUUUGAGUGAACUAAGGAAAAUGUACCCAGCAGAAAUUUGUAUCCACCCCCUCAGAAUUGAGGCUGUCACUACUACAGGGAUCCCAGCUGAGAAAACUGGGCAAAAACUGUCUGUAUACUCUGUGAAAGAAGGCUUGAUUUGCCUCAAUCAGAACCAGAAAUCUGGCACCUGCUUGGACUAUAAAAUUCGCUUUGAGUGUAUAUGUCAUCUACAUUGUCUUGAUGCCUGCUAAUGACCUGAUAACUGGAUGCGUGGAUGUUGUUGACAUAAUCUGCCUUGUUUAUAUCGAACUUUUCUUGAUCAUUAAUGUCAUUACAAUCUGAGAAGGUGUGGUGGUGAUGGAAUUGUUGGAAAUGAAAGGUGUAAUAAAAUG